AUGGUGCAAUUGUUGAGAUCUGCUGGAGAAUUUCAGGGACUUUCACACGAGGAUCCGCAGCAACACUUACAAACCUUCCUGGAGAUAAGCGACACAUAUAUUCCUGAAGAUGUAAAUGUUGAUUAUGUCAGAUUGGCACUCUUUCCCUUUUCUCUAUCGGGGGAAGUAGAUAGAUGGUUACUUGCUGAACCACAUCAAUCCAUCACUACAUGGGAAGAUUGUGCUCGAAGGUUUCUCAUUCAAUUUUUUCCAUCUCAGAAAAUUACACGAUUAAGGAGUGAGAUAUUGAGCUUCGGACAGAAAGAUGGAGAAAAUCUCUACCAAACUUGGGAGAGAUUUAAGGAAGGCCUUGUUUCUAAUACAAAGAUUCUCUUGGAUUCAGCAGCAGGGGGUCAAGCUUUAGAGAAAACAUAUGAAGAAUUGUAUACCUUGCUGAAUCGAAUUGCACAAGGAAUUCCUAAUUGGCAUGCAGACUCAAGGAAUGCUCCCAAGAAGGUUGCAGGGGUUUUGGAGGUUGAUCAGUUCACUGCAUUACAAGCACAGAUUGCAGCAAUGCAGAACCAUAUGACUACUCAGCUUAACAACUUAAAGUUGGGUACAACACAACCAGCAGCCACGAUAAAUGUAGUUCAACAGGUAUAUUCAUGGUGUAAAGUUUGCGAAAGUGGUGAGCAUAAAGCAGAUGCAUGUUCUGUUAAUCCAAAUUCAGUCAACCAUGUGGGGAAUGCAAAUCGUCAGGGUCAACAGAAUUUUGUCAAUACAUAUAAUCCAAAUUGGAGAAACCACCCUAAUUUUUCAUGGGUCGAAAAUCAGGUACAAAAUACAAAUCAGUAUAAGGGACCAGUGCAACCAAAUCCACAGCCAGUUCAGAAAAAUCAGGCGACUGCUUCGAAUAGUAAUGUAGAGGAGAUUCUUAAGCAGUUUAUGGCUCAACAAGCAUAA